AUGAAUUUACGCAGUGCCUUUAGGAAGGGUUUACGGUGGAUAGUGGGGAAUGGGGAGAGUAUUUCAUUUUGGUUUGAUAAUUGGAUCUUUAAUAAUGCUCUGGUGGAAAGCUCUAGUAUUCCUAUUGGUUCGGAGGAUUUAAAAGUCAGCCACUUUAUUGACCAGGACGGUCAGUGGGAUGUCUCGUUGCUUAGGCAGUUUGUUCCAAUUGAGAUUUCUAAUUCUAUAGCGAAUUAUUUCCUUCCGAGUAAUGAGUGUAAUGACACAAGGGUGUGGGGCCUUGCUCCUGAUGGCAAUUACUCAGUUGAAUCUGGUGUAGAGCUUCUGCUUCCUACAAAGAAAAGGUUAGAGCUAAGUCAUGUUUUCCUUCCGAUGGAGUGUGUUUUUUGUAAUCAUCACUCGGAAGAUUCUGCUCAUAUGUUCUCUAAGUGUCCAUUUACGAUUGAUGUGUUUGCGGAACUUCAAGUUUUGUUAAAGUGGCAUGUCCCGCCCGAGAUUGAGGAUGGUGUUCCAUUUUAUAGUUUUUUAUUAUCCUUAAAAUCCUCUUUCUCAAUGCCCCAAGUGGAGUGCAUGGCUAUUGUGUGGUGGUUUGUGUGGUAUGCGCGGAAUGGGGUUAUUUUUCGGCAAGAUUCGUCUUCCCCCCAAAAGGUUAGUCAUAUGGUCAAAGCCUUUGCGCACAAUCUUUCUGUUUCAGGAGUUGUGGUGGCGGGUGUGGAUUCUAGUGUCUCUAUUUCUGCUCGAAAGAAGGCCAAGGUGAAUAUUAGGGAUCAGGUUGUUUGGUCCCCUCCCCCGGGUGAUUAUUUUAAAUUAAAUUUUGAUGGUUCAAAGCUGGCUAGUGGUCAAGCGGCUUUUGGGUUUGUUAUUCGCGAUUCGGCAGGUAUUGUUCGGUUGUGUGGUGCGGGGACUCUAGACGAAGCGGAUUCUAUUUUAGAGGCAGAGGCAAGGGGCCUCCGGGAAGGUAUUAGAGGGGCUAGAUUUCUUGGUAUUGGCAAGCUUAUUGUGGAAGGUGAUAACUUGGCUGUUAUCAACGCUAUUAAGCGCAUUUGGAAGAUCCCGUGGAUGAAAAAUUCCAUUAUUUUGGAUACGGUUCAAGAUAUGGGUCAGUUUGAGGAUGUGAAGUUUGUCAUGUUUUUAGGGAAGCAAAUGCGACAGCGGACUGGAUGGCUCAUCGUGGUCAUUCGACAUCUACCAUGA